AUUAGGCAGAUUUCCUCAAUUAUUUCUCCAUAUAAUAUACACAAGUGCCACUUUUUUGACCUUAAUAAUUAUGCUGUUGGUUUUUCCAUAAGCUAGUUGGUUCGAUAACAGUAAAACCUGAUCUUUACUUGUAAGUACAAGUAUGAUGUAUGUACCUGCAGGAGAAGGCAUGUGAGCGUGCUGUAGGCAUGCAGUCGUUCAUGGAGUCAGACCAGUGUCUGGAGGAUGUCUCAGGAGGCACCAUCACCCAGGAGAUGUGCCUCCAGACUCACGAGCAGAUAGCCCGACGUGUCAAGACCCUGGCCGACAGUACUGACAUCCACCACGUGUUUAUUGCCAGUGAUGUGGACCCCAGACUCUCCUACAUCAAGAAGAAACUGGGACCUAGUAUGAAUGUGCACUAUCUGAACCCAUCAGAUGCACCCCUUGACCUAGCAGUUAUGGGCAGAGCAGACAACUUCAUUGGCAACUGUGUCUCGUCGUUCACAGCCUUUGUAAAGAGGGAGAGAGACGUCCACCAUCGUCCGACAGAGUUCUUUGGAUUUGAAGACGCAGUCCUUCCUAAGAACAACCGGGAAAGAACCGAGCUAUAGAGCUGUAUAGGGUUCAGUCUUU